AGCAACUCAAGUACACCCAAAAAACUGGUACCCUAUUCCAUUAGUAUUUUGUCGGCCAUGGGGCAAGCUGCCAGAGAAUGUACCUUGCCAUCCUAAACUUGCCGACUUUGCCAACUGCAUGAAGAAAAAAGGAAGAGGAAUGACCAUCUUUUUUUCCAUAAUGGAUGGAGAUUACCAUGAAUGCGCAGAGGAUGCCAAGGCAGCUUGUAAGCAGCUAAGUGCUUACAUUGACUACAAGAAUUGUGAGGGUGUAGCUGAAAUCGUUGUUGCCCCUAACAUGACUGAAGGCUUCAGAGGCAUAGUCCAGACGAUGGGCCUUGGAAAUCUCAAGCCCAAUAUAAUUGUCAUGCGAUACCCCGAAAUUUGGCGACGUGAAAACUUAACCGAAAUUCCCGCCACCUUUACUGGGAUAAUAAACGACUGCAUUGUAGCAAACAAAGCUGUUGUUAUCGUCAAGGGACUGGAUGAGUGGCCUAACGAGUAUCAAAGACAGUUUGGGACGAUUGAUUUGUAUUGGAUCGUGAGAGACGGUGGGCUUAUGCUCCUUCUUUCUCAGCUACUCCUAACCAAAGAGAGCUUUGAGGGUUGUAAGAUUCAGGUUUUCUGCAUAGCCGAGGAGGACUCUGAUGCCGAGGAACUCAAGGCCGACGUGAAGAAAUUCCUUUACGAUCUACGCAUGCAGGCUGAGGUCAUCAUCAUCUCGAUGAAGUCAUGGGAGGAGCAGCAGCAAGAAUCGGUGGAGGCAUUUAGUAGUGCACAGGAAAGAAUUGCUAACUACUUGGCGGAGAUGAAGGAAAAGGCCCAGGGACAGGGUCCAGGGGGGAGUCAUUUGAUGGCUGAUGGGAAGAGUGUGGUUGUGAACGAACACCAGGUGGAGAAGUUCUUACACACGACAUUGAAGCUCAACUCAAUGAUACUGAAAUACUCCAGAAUGGCUGCGGUUGUGCUUGUGAGUUUACCGCCCCCACCUCUCAACCAUCCUUCUUACUUUUACAUGGAAUAUAUGGACCUCUUGGUGGAGAAUGUACCUAGGUUGUUGAUUGUGCGGGGAUACCGUAGAGAUGUUGUCACAUUGUUUUCUUAGUUUCUCAUAGAUUUGUUAUGUGUUCCCUAAUUACCCAAAAAAGAGGGGGUGUACACAGUGCCUGAUCUCCUACGCAAUUGGAAGGUGGUGGUGGUAUUUAGGCCUCAUUUCUCAUGUUCUUGCGAGGUGGGUUAGAACCCUGGACCUCCAUGACACAAGGGGAAAGUCUUCAGAAGUUGCCCGCCUCAAUUACAAACAAACAAACAUACAUUUUAUGCUUCCUUGGUACAUCCCCUUUUAUUUCAACUGUGUAGUUUCAGAUUUUCAUUGCGUUUCUCUUACCUCUUUGGGGGAUGUAAGAAUUUCUUCUAUAUAGAAUUCAUUCUUUAUAGCGCCAGAGUAUAUGCAUAUCUUUGUUCAUUUUUUGUCUUUUGAGUAAUGACUUGGUGGAUAGGACUUGGUGUAGGGAAAAUACAGGAUAUGAGGGUGAAAUCAAGCGGAUAUGAGGGUGAAAUCAAGCGCUUAAUGAAUUCAUUAACCCCUCCCCCCAAUAUAAAAAAUAUUGAUGUAUUUUUCAAUCUGGGAACUUUGAUUCCGUGCACACUCGACUAAUUCAUUAUUUC